UUCGCGCUACCGGUACGGGACAGCGAACGUUGUGUUGGGUGCGUUUGUUUUGAUACGCGACGCUCAUUUCAUGUGCCGAUGCGAUUGUAUUUUAACGCCAACUUUGAAUUUUUUAUUAAUAAAGUAUCUGUGACCACUUUUAUCGAAUACAAAUCCAAAAAACUAAGCGCAAAAACAUUUAAUAAUAAAAGUUUACGUAGUUAAAAAACAAUGGAAAAACAAUAAAAAACAAAAAAACGUGGACAGUUACAAAAAAAAGUAUUUGUGAACUUUUGGAAAACUUCUUCAAUAAUUUGUACAAAAGGAUAACUGCACAAGUGCGAAAAACAAAGUUAUAAUUUGAAAUAUUGCGAGUUGUUGAUAGUUUGACAGUGAAGAAAAAGUGGAAAUUAUACAACUUAUCAAUUUUCAAACAAAAGUUUUUAAAAUGUUCGACUUUUUGUGAAGCUUUUUAUUGAAUUGUUUGUUGUAGUAUGACGUCCGCAAUGUUAAGUGAACGCGGUCUUCGCAGAAAAAUGAAUCAAGAAACGACGUCUAAAAUGCAACAGCAACAGCAGCAGGAAGCGAGCCAGAAUGGUCACACGAGUCAAAAAAGUUCCGGCAACGGUCGAAAAUCGUCGUCAAAAUCGAAAUCGAACAGCAAUAAGUCGAUGGCGCAAUCGGCCGAACAGAACAACAACAUUAAGCGUCCGAAAUUAUCUUGCAACUCUAAAGAGGACAUGUUGGCAACAUACCAACCGUGGGUUAUCCAAACGUACGGCGAUUUGGCAAAGACAAAAACGAUCACUAUCAAAAAGUACGCUCGAAUUUUGCGGACGCUGCGCGGAGAAGAAACCGUGAGCGCGGAUAACAGUAAGUUCCGGUUUUGGGUAAAAGCCAAGGGUUUUCAUGUGGGGAAACCCCUCGGGUACGAUGCCAAGCCGGCUGACGCGAUUGUCGGACGGUACAGCGUUUGCGAUACCGAUGAGGGGAUCGCUGCCGUCGACGAUAAGCUUCCUGGAUCGGCCAAGGACCCGCCGCUCUAUGUUCCAAAUGCUCCGAGCAAGAACUCCACUGCUGAGCCAACAUACAGGAAAGUGGCUAUCGUCGAAAAUUUCUUUGAUAUCAUUUACAAUGUUCACGUCGAAUUGGAAGGAAGGCCGGGGAAGCAUGCAGGACAAAAGAGAACUUAUCGAACAGACUUCUUUUUACGAAUCCUUAUUGUCGAUAUGCUCACCAGAAAAUUUCUCCUCGAAAACAUUGCGUAA